UGGGAGUUCAAGUUCUCGUGUAACGCCUGCCCCCCAAGUCAUUUUAUGGGGGUAGCGAUUAGGUAAUGGCGACGGGUUUGUUUAAGUGCUAUAAUAUGGUGUGGGAAGUGAAGACAAAGGACAUGCCCAAUACAGUACAGAAAGUCCAGUUGGUAAUGGACAAUAGACCUACAGCAAUGGAUGAAUCUCUGGAAGUGCUGAAGUGUGAUGAACGUCUCCCAUCUUCUCCAGGUUACGAGUCUUCUGAUGAUCACAUGGAACUUGAUGAUCUUCCAGAACUGCAGGCUGUUCAGACUGACUCUACAUCAUCACCAGAGGUUUUCCACCUUGAUGCAAAUGUAUCACAUCAAGAAUAUACAGUGCCUUCAUGGAGUCAAAAUACCUCAAAUAUGUCAGAAAGUGCCUAUUCUUAUGGAAAUGGGAUGAACUGGUUGACUGAACUGGCCAAUAUUGCCACAAGUCCACAAAGCCCAUUAAUGCAAUGUUCAUUCUAUAACAGAUCAUCACCUGUUCACAUAAUAGCUACCAGCAAAAGUUUACAUUCCUAUGCCCGUCCUCCACCUGUCUCUACAGAAAGUGAGUCAAAUGUAUCCAAAAGUCAUUGGAAGGAAGAACGACCAGUAAGACAUGAGCGAGCAAACAGUGAGUCAGAAUCUGGCAUUUUCUGUAUGUCAUCCUUUUCUGAUGAUGAUGAUUUAGGGUGGUGUCACUCGUGGCCUCACACCAUUUGGCACUGUUUUCUAAAAGGCACACGUCUGUGUUUUCAUAAAGGACGCAAGAAAGUAUGGCAGGAUGUGGGAGACUUUUCCAAAAGCAUGCGCUAUAGAUCACAGCAUGAUGCCAACGCUGGCUCCCAGAAGGGUUAUGGAUCAGAUGGUUUGAAACUGAUUUCUCAUGAAGAGAGUGUGUCUUCUGGGGAAUCCAUUCUGCAACUGACGUUUGACCCAGGUACACAAGAAGGCUUGCUUACAGUGGAGUGCAAAUUGGAUCACCCAUUCUAUGUAAAAAAUAAAGGCUGGUCAUCAUUUUACCCGAGCCUAACCGUGGUUCAGCAUGGCAUUCCCUGCUAUGAGAUGCACAUUGGUGAUAUAUGUCUACCUCCAGGACAUCCUGAUGCCAUAAAUUUUGAUGAUUCUGGUGUUUUUGAUACCUUUAAAAGUUAUGAUUUCACACCAAUGGAUUCCUCUGCUGUGUAUGUGUUAAGCAGUAUGGCACGUCAACGUCGGGUUUCCUUAUCCAAUGGUGGCGCAAGCAGCCCAGAUUCAGAGAAAUCGGACUACAGCAAGGACUGUGCAUCUCCACAAACUUCUUACACUUCAUUAUAUAAUAAAACUGGCAAGAGUCACAGCUCAGGGACUGCUAACUCUGUGAUGGCCACAUCUCCCAAUAAGUGCAAACGACCAAUGAACGCCUUCAUGCUUUUUGCCAAAAAAUAUAGGGUUGAAUACACACAGAUGUACCCAGGAAAAGAUAACCGAGCCAUAAGUGUGAUUCUUGGUGACAGAUGGAAAAAGAUGAAGAAUGAGGAAAGGAGAAUAUACACAAUAGAAGCUAAAGCUCUGGCUGAAGAACAAAAACGUAUAAAUCCUGACUGUUGGAAGAGAAAAAGAACAAAUUCAGGCUCACAGCAACAUUAAAUAUGAAUGUAGCGGGAUAUUGUGUCGAAACAUGCGGUUCGGCUGGAUGGAAGAAGAAAGUCUGACAUCACCGUGUUGUGAAUGUGCUCCCAGACCGUACUAGCAGCAAUGUCACAGAAGUAAUCUGACUGAAGGCUUUCCUGUUUUAAACUUAGCAUUACAUAUGCAAAAAUAUCAAUAUUUUAAACCAAAUCGCCUUAUUUUUGAAAAAUUAUAUAUCAGGUAAUAUAGGCUUGAAAAAUCGAUAUCCUGUGGUGCUACAAUGAGGUGUGUAUCAGCAUAUUGUUUUUAAAAACAACCAGGUUAAUAAAAAUGGGAAUUUAUAGAACAUAUAACUGCUGUUCAUCGACCCUACUGCUUAUUAAUAUGUAUUGCACAAAUGUAAUUAUCUUUACGUUAGAAUGUGUAUGUUUCUGACGUGAUAUGUUAAUGCAAGGUGCAUGAGCACUAACUGACUAUUCAUUGCCACUGAGCUACAUUUAUAUUUUGGCAAGUGGAUCAUUAGCUUCCUUAUAGACUGAGGGGCCAGCAAUUUCCUACAGACCCCUCCAAAUGCCAAGGUGUUGAAGCAUAAGAUUUAGUCAUUUAGGUUGCCACAGAAUCUACAGAUAUAGAUUUUAUUUUGCUAUAAAAAUGUCAUUAUUGAUGGGGGGGUUGACUUUGCACUUAACUCUGGUGCAACACUUGCACUUUACUUUUUCUUGUGUCUGUCGGAAUAAACAGACGCAUAUAUUGUUCUGUGUUGCGGCUGUAGGACUGAUGAGUGGAAAUCUUGGCUCCUGAAUUGCAGCUGUAAUACAGUUUGUCAGCAUCAUCUGCCCCAGUAAUAUUUGCACACUAUAUUCUUGUAUAUUUCAAAUAAAUGUUGUUGAAAUGGUCUUGUUCCCAGUCCUUAUUGCGCCAACUUUUAGACAACUCAAGUACAAAGGAAAGAUUUUAUUAAAUGAUUCUGAACUACAAUUUCAUAUUCAUCAUUAGCAGCUGAGGCUCAGCGAUGUUUUCCAUAUACAUUUAUUUUACAAAAAUCACUGCCAAAUUCUCCUUGCCACUUGUUUGGUUUUAGUUGUCAGGACGGGGUUAGAAUUAUUGGCCCAGAUUUAAUGUUCCUGCACCAAAAAUCUCUCUAAAAAGUGGCACAAAUUGGCACAUCUAGGAUUUCUACAGUUUUUUCAGAUGCACCACAAUUGUUGUGUAAAUAUCUGUCUAUACCAACUAUUGGCUUACUUUAGAGUCAGAGAAAAGUGUCUAACCCUGCAUCAAAUUUACCAUCCACCCGGAGCCCCUGUGAUAAAUCUGGUGUAGGUCUGGACAGCCUAAGUUUACGCCAUUUUUAUGAUUGGUAAAUAUGGGCUAUUUGCACUGCCUAUAUGCCAUUAUAAGAUACCAGGGCGGUCCUGAUGGGGCAACCUUUUUAAGACUUGAGUAAUGUGGAACAGAUUGAUUGCUAGGAAAAGUUGCCUGACAAUUCCAAUAGAGAAAAAAUCGUUGUUUGCCAUUGUGGGUGCUAGAGGUAUGGUACCCGACAGCAAUCACAGCAAAGAAGGAAAAAGCUUGGUAGUAUUCCCAAUGUGUCAAUCCCAUCUCAGCCUUCAUUACUAUUACCCAGAUUUUGAACCUCCAUACACAAACCGGUUUGGAAUGGCCACUGACACUAGUAACAUUUUAUUUGAAAGCACACACUACUUAGCAUUUGCUAAAUUAAAAAUAUAAUUACUUUGCAUUUAUCAAAACUGGUGUAAAGGAAAACUGGCUUAGUUUCCCAUAGGAACCAAUGAGAUUCCACCUUUUUUCCAAAAGGAGCUCGGAAAAAU